AAGAAAUGAGGAAAAGACAAGUGUGCAUGUAACUGAAGUGGGAAACGGGAUAUAUCACCAAUUUUGUAAUAAAAGUUUUGCUAUUUUUAACGGAUUACUUACCAGUACAGGAAAUGUUGCGGAUUGUUUGCGCCGUUGUGUUGCUGGCCGUGAGCGCCUGCGCCCAGGGACCGGAAAUACCAGAUCUGUCGCAGUUCUUUGGGCCGAACUGCACGGCAGACGAUGUACAGGCGAUCACGCAAUGCACGCUCAACAUGCAAAAUCAGACACAAGCCAGUCAGGCGGUGUUGGAUCAGUUUGGAGGAGUUUUUCUCAGUGGAAACAUCACCGAAGAGCAAGCCAAAGCCAUAAUGGAUGCUUCAUGCAAUUUGGUCCAAGGCCUCAUCGGCUGUCUCCGUCCCAUGGCUAGCCGGUGUUUUACACAGCCAUAUUUGGUGAUGACUUUCAUCAUGUACGAUGAUCUCCUGGCUGUCUGUGAGGCUCCAAACCGUUACAAGUACUUUGCCGAAAUUGUGCGCUGCAACAAGAGACUGGAUGUGUAUAGCACGAUUACUAAUGACCAAGUGCUGGCCAAUAUCACGCAAGAAAUCGUCAACGCCUCACUAACAUCGCUUGGACCCAACAACAAUAAUACAUCGGGGGUCUUGGACAUGUAUUCCGAGUUCACCGACCUAUUUUGCCGAGUGAUACGUCGCGUGGAGGAGCUUGUCCCCCUGGAAAAGGUCAAUGGUACAUGCGGUGCGAAUGCCCACGAGGCUUACAGCAGCCUGUAUCCGCAUAUUCUCCAGAUGUACAAAUGCACUGGCGAUGAACUGAGUCACAACACCACCGCUACCCCGCCCAUCACGCCUCCCAUCACACGGCCGGACCAGAACAAUACUUCCGGUGGGGGUAACGGGGCCGGCUCCAUCCAGCCUGCCAACGGAUACGCACUGUACAGUCUCUUCACAUUCCUUCUCGCCAUAGUUUUGGCAAACAAGCGGGAUUAGAUUACUAUAAAAAGCGUUGUGAUGAAAGUUGUCAAUAUCAUGUUUCAAGUGAUCUGCGAUCGUUUAUAUUUAUUGACUCCUUGUGCGGUGGCGCUGAUGGCCAUGCAGGCUGCACAUAUUACCUUGUUUUACACGCUGUUGAAUUAGUAAACAUUGGCAUUUUCAUUACUUUUUUGGUAUUCUUUAUACAUGAACUGGAAGAAAGGAUGUCGAUAUACUAUCCCGUCAAAUUUUAUGGGACAUCUUUUGUAGAAAGAUAUAUAUUUCGACACUAC